GACUACACACUUCACAACUACAGUGAUUAGGAAUCACGAAAGGGCACUGUAGUAUAAGUCGGCACUGAACAGGAAAUACAUAGCACAAAAGACACAGCACAAAUGAUGAUCUUACAAAAACAAGCACUAAUCGGUUGAGCAAUCUUCAAUUGAAAUGUACUUACAAAGGAAUAUAUAUUUCUGCAAUGGUUCAUUAAAUUACUAUACAAAGGUUGACUGUAGGCCCCCUCGGUGUUCAUGUUUUCCUUCAUUUGUAAAAUAUACUGGAAUUUAUUAUGAAGUGGAGCAUACUUUUAUUGUUAUUUUUCAAUACAAUCUUUCUAUCUGAUUCCUCAAACGUGGUUUCAAGAAGUGCAAGCAACCUUACCUGUUAUGGUUAUUCUCCCUCCGAAUAUGUCUGCACUUGGGUACCUGGUAAUGAAUCGAUUGAAUACGUAGCAAGGUGGCAGGAUGAAGAGAACGAAUAUGGUUUUUGGCGGGACUGUACGGACGCGAGGGAGAAUGCAUGUCAUUUCUAUGGGGAAAUCACUAACGAUCGCAAAGUUACUGUUCAACCCAAGGAUGAGCAAGGAGACAGCAAUUCAGUUGAAACAACAUUAUAUAUGUAUAACUUUAUUCCACUACCACCUAGAAAUCUGACAGUUGUCCCAGGCGAGACGGCACAACAACUUUACGCUGAAUGGAAAGACUCUCAUGGAUGGACGCUAUUUCCCAACCAAUUAAUUUUCAGGAUACGCUAUCGAAAAAUUGAUUCUGUUAAAUGGAGUAUUACUACUGAUAUAGAUGAUCAUGAGCACCUCAUUGACGGCCUAGAUGCCUUUACUAAAUAUGUCGUACAAGUGCAGGCAAAGUUUUUUGCCAACGAUGUCUAUGGAAUCUGGUCAAGUCCUGUCUUUAUGACCACUAGAGAAGGAGCUCCGUCCGGCUCGGUAUCAGUUCUACCUCUCAAAGAAUACAGGAGUGAAAGUAAGGACUAUAAAACAUAUCGGGAUGUUCUCAUUUCUUGGAUGGAUCUCCCAAAACACCAUCAUCGAGGAAUCCUACUUGGUUACAAAAUAAAAUUAGUUGGUGAAAUCGAAUCAUCAGACGAUCCUGAACAUUUCCAGGUUCCAGCCAAUAAAACAACAUUUCUGAUACAUGGAUUGAAGAAGCGUCUUAAUUAUACAGCAUAUAUCACGGCUUACAAUGCCAUGAGUGCUACAGAGCCCUCAGCGAUCCUUAUUCCAGUGUCUGACGAUAAUCUCGAAUCAGUGAUAGUGCGCCCUCUUUCAUGA